AAGCGAGCGAGGCUUACAUCCUUCUUGCUUUCUUCUCACUCCGAAGUUUUGCUGUCACGUAAUGUGACCGAGCAUAUCAGUAGUGUAGAUGUUUUAUUUAUGUAUAAGUACCUAUUUCAGAUAACAAACUUGAUAUUAAGAUUUCAUACAUGGUCAUUUAUUCGUAGUCGUUUAUAAAACUUGAUUUCAAUAUUUUUACCUGACUGUACAUUGUACGUGCGUGCGAAAUGAAGACAAAAACAUUAGGUUUUUUUUUUUUUUUUUUAAUUUAUUUAAAUGAAAAACUUAAACGGUAGAUUUACAGAUCAUCCCCGCCAAACUUAUGAAGUUUGAUGGCGAGUAGCGCUCAUAUGUUUAUAUCUUAAUUUACCUACCGACAGUAAUUGUUAAUACAAAUAAUAUAUUACUUACAGCUAUCGAGCAAUACACUUCUUAGUUUUAAUUUUAACAGAUUUUUACUUAACUUAUUAUUUUGUCUUAACAAGCUUAUUUUAUUAAAUAUUUUUGGCACUAAAUAUGACGACAUUCUUUCUCCAUAAUAAUUAUUUGUUUUAGGUUGUAUCAGUCUUUUCUCUCUUACACUUCUUGUAUUGUAUUUAUUUUUAACGGUUACUUUGUACUUUUCGCUAUAGUAAUGCUCUAACCCAAUUAAAUAUUCAACCUUCAUAUCCACAGGCAAAAUUUGACAUACAGGAAAUAACUGAUUAUAAUCUACACUACACACUUUCUUUACUUUUUUGCUUACCAGAAACUUUAUGAGCCUUAUCUGUAUAUUUUUGAUAUCAUUCAAGUAUGUUAUAAAAGUACGGCCAUAUACAAUUAAUCCGUAAGUAAUAAGCGAGUCUGCAAGCGCAUAAUAUACAAUCUUUAGCGUAUGGUUAUUAAGCACUCUUUUUAAUUGGUAGAAUUUUCCAAGCACUGACCUCAGCCUAUUACAAACUUCACUAACAUGCGUUCUCCAAUUAAAGUUUCUGUCUAUCGUUAGGCCUAAAUAUUUGAAAGUUUCUACAUACUCUAGCUUAGCGCAACUACAAUUAUUUUUUUUGUUAUGUAGACAUUGGUACGUGUGACCUAUUAUUAUCUUCAAAUUAUUCCCAUGUGCCGACUUAGCUCGACGGUUAUAUGGCGAGUGUAUAUGCAUGCACUUAGUUUUGGAAAAAUUUAGUAUGAUCCCAUUAUCAUGAGCCCACAUAGUAAUAUUCUCAAAAUCAUUCUGAAUACUCUUUUGAGCUUCUAAAAUAUCUUUUGAUGCAUAAACCAGACACAUAUCAUCUGCAUACAUAUACACUCGACACUGCUGGACGACAUUAGACACACUGUUUACAUGCAUUAUGUAUCCUACCGGCCCAAAAAUAGAUCCAGUUGGUACACCUAGGUCCACCGUAGCCUCAUCACCAGCCACUCCAUUGAUUAAGGUACGUAUUUUUCUGUUGGUUAGAUAACUUUUGAACCACAGGUUUGUUGGGCCUCGUAUUCCACAUUCAUCCAUCGCUUGGAGUAAGAUAUCGUGAUCUAGAGUAUCGAAAGCCUUUUUAUAGUCAAUAAAUAGUGCUAUAAGCUGCUUACCAUCGUUAAGGCAUUCGUUAAUAUAGUCCGCAAAUCCAGUUAAAGCCGAGACAGUGCUUCGCCCCCUCCGAAAACCGUGUUGGCUAUCCGACAGUAUAUUAUGCCCUUCCAGGAAUUUACUGAUUUGACCAACUACUACUUUCUCGACAAUUUUAUCUAAGACUGACAAAAUCGCUAUAGGCCUAUAGUUUACAUAUUCCAGAUGGCUACCAGACUUGUAUAUAGGACGAAUGAUAGCAUAUUUUAGCUGGUCGGGAUAUGUACCACUACUCAAACACAUAUUUAUAAACGAAGCUAAAAUUGGACAUAAUUGUUUUUGUAAGUAUUUCACGUCACUUACCCUUAUUCCAUCUAAUCCUGGUGCCUUCUCGCUUGACAAAGUAUUAAUGACUUUUUUUAUAUCCAAAGAACUUACCUUGAUGUACCUGAAACUAGCCUCACUUGGCUUCACAUAUGUUUUUCUGUCAAGAAACUUUGUAUUACAUACAUGUUUAAUACCUUGAAUUUCUUGAGUAAAGGUUUGGGCAAAUUUGGUACAUAUUUCUUUUGUAUCACUAGUUUUACCUAAAUAUUUUAAAAUUACAGAGUCUAAAUUAUUUUUAGUGCAACCCAGCCAAGAGUUUAUGUUAGACCAUAUUUUUCUGAAAUCACCGUUACAUUUUUUUAUUUGUUCUUGUCUGUAUUUAUUUUUAGCUUCAUUUAUUAAUUUAUUGACUUUAUUUCUAAAGCGAGUAUAAUCUAAUCUCUUAUUCAUGUUUUUUGGUGCCGCUUUCCACAUUCGAAAUAAGUGGUCUCUUCGCAAUAACAUAGAAUACAAAUGACUAUCUAUCCAUGGUUGACUUGUUCUCUUAUUUUGUACCGUAAUCGUAAUUGUACUCUCUUUGUAAACACUAUCAAAAACUACACAAGGUUUGCUGCAACGUCAACGGGCAAGUUAUCGAAAGUACCUGCGACCAGUCAUAUUCAUCCAACCUCCGCUUUACUUGUUUAUCACAAAUAACCACUCGUUUGUUAUUACUGGUUUUCGAGCUUGCAUCGUUCCGUAUAUCCAAGUCUAGCGCUAUACCUAUAGCAUGAUGAUCGGACGUGUGUGUCUCAAGUACAUAACUUAACGCCGGGCGAUCAUUGCGUCUCGUUCGCACCCAUAUGUGAUCUAUACACGACGUCUGCGUCUGCCCGUCCACUAUCGCUUCUCGCGUUAUCUCUGACGUAGGUAUGACACUUUGCAGGCCGUAGCCACACAAGGUGUUUUUGUAUAUCUUCGUUGUGGGAUCCAAUUUAUCGUUCAAGACAUCCAGGUUUGUAUCUCCAAUUACAAUAACGUUAUCAUAGGUGGGUAUAGAUUUAAGGACAUUGUUCAACUGUUCUAUAAACAUUAAUCUGUUUCUUUCCGGUGGCCUGUAUACGGCGAUUAUAUGGCAGGUGCUCGUUCCUGUCUUGAGUUGGCCAUGGAGACACUCUGAGGCUUGGGUGGUACUGUUCUCAGCGUCGAAAUUAAGACUAUCCUUAGUGUAUAUUAGUAUACCUCCUCCUCUCCUAGUUUCUCUUGUGUAUAUAUGAGUUUCAUAUCCAGUAAUUUUAUAAAAAGGUAAUUCUUCUUUUCUAAUAUUUAUUUCGCUUAAUAUUAUUAUAUCUAUUUCAUAUUUAUUCUCCUCUAAUAAUACUUGUAAUUUAUUGUACUGUUUCCUUAGUGAUGCUAUAUUUAAAUAGAAGAUGUGUGUGCUAACAUUAUUCCUUAGUGCCAAAUCCGUGCUCAAUAUUUUCAUGUCGUAAUAUCUUUUAUAUUCAAAAUCUACAGGUAAAUCUGUUUGGUCGAAUGUUGAUACCAAAGAAUCGCGUAGUGUGUGCAGGGCGCGCUAGAUGCACGUGUUUAGUUACUAUUAUUUGUUGAUUCAUCGAACUUAUCCAAGUCCUUUUCCGAUUUAAUGUUGUAUAUCUUUUUUUCCUCACUAUUUUUCUUCACCAAUAUGUUGCCAUUUUGAGCCCAGAUGUAUUGGUAUCCCUUCGGUUUAAGCUUGUUUCUUAGGGCGCCUUCAAAUUUGCCGCAAGGUGCCGCGCGGAGGCAGCGCGUCUGCAGCGCUGCAGUCGCGCUGCCGUCGCUAUGUUUGAGAACGGUAGAGUUGUAUUUUAGUUUUACGAUGGACUCAGACGAAGAAACACUGCUCUUAGUGUUACUAUUGAUAAAAAAAAAAAGAAUUUUGAACAAAAAACAAAAAAAAAAGAAGCCUAACACAACGUUGCCAUUAUUUUGUAUAACCCAACAAACUGAAUUUUAUAAAGUGAAAAGUUACAGUGAUCAAAAAUUUCAGAAUUAUUUAAGACUGUCAAGAAAACAAUUCUACGAAUUACUUUCUCGUUUAGAACCUUAUAUUGGAAAACAAAAUACAACCUUCAAAAAUACUAUUUGUGCUGAAGAGAGACUAUUUAUAACACUCAGGUUCUUGGCAGAAGGUUGCAGUCUUACAAAUUUAUAUCAUACGUAUAAUCGUGGACUUUCUACGAUUUGUGCUAUUGUCAGAGAAGUUUGUCGAGCAAUAUACGAAAACCUCCAUACUAUUUAUAUACCUGAGCUUCAAGAAGAAGAUUGGUUAAUUAUUGCUAACGGAUAUUACACUAAGGCCAAUUUCCCUAAUUGCUUGGGUGCUAUUGAUGGAAAACAUAUAAGAGUAAUCAAACCAGAGCAUAGUGGUUCUCUAUAUUACAAUUAUAAAAAUUACUUUUCUAUUGUUCUUUUAGCGAUAUGUGACUCAAACUAUUGUUUUACGUACAUAGAUGUUGGGUCAUAUGGAAAAGCUUCUGAUUCGCAAAUUUUCAAAAAUAGUAACUUUUACAAAAGACUACAUGAACAGGACUUAAAUAUUCCCAAUCCGUUGCCAAUUACAAAUGAUGGACCACCAGUGCCUUUUAUUUUCAUUGGUGACGAAGCAUUCGGAAUUAGUAAUUUUAUACAACGACCUUACGCUGGCAAUCACCUAAAUGAGAAGAAACGUAUUUUCAACUAUCGUUUAUCGAGGGCAAGAAGAUACAUUGAGUGUUCGUUUGGCAUAAUGGCAAAUAAGUGGAGAAUUCUUCAUCGUCCGAUAAAUGUACAAAUACCCUUUGCUGAAGAUAUCGUUCGCGCGUGUUGUGUGUUACAUAAUUUACUUAGGAAGACGGAUUCAAAGCAAUCCAGCUCCAACCCAACAAUGCUGAGAUACGAUUUACAAAACAUACAACAAAAUCAAAAUAAUCACCCACAAAUAAGUGCUACGACUAUACGUGAUACACUAGCUGAUUAUUUUGUUAGUCCAGAAGGAGAAUUGUCAUGGCAAACGAUGAAAAUAUAAAGAAGUUGUGUUAAAAAUAUGUAGGUAUACUUACAUGCUUCAUUUUUUUCACUUGCGGUCUUGUUUGUAAAAUUUUCAAUAAAUUUAUUACAUAUUUCUU